AUGUCCUCCAGGUUGAAGCUCACCAACCAACACUUACAACCCAACCGUCUCUACAGUGGUGGUGCGGUAGACGCUAAGUCCCUUGGGUCUGUAAACCAAGGUGCCAAGUACACCACGGAUUUCAAAAAUUAUGCCACUCACAAUAAUAAAAUCGUAUCAUAUCUUCACGACAUACCAUUGCAAUUUGACUUGGCUAAUAAAACUGCGAACAUGGUAGUUGAAAUUCCUCGUUGGACCAAUGGAAAGUUUGAAAUCGAUACCAAACUUCCUGGUAACCCCAUAGUUCAAGAUGUGAAGAAGGGGAAGGUGAGAUUUGUUAAGAAUUUGUUCCCAAACCAUGGAUAUAUCCAUAAUUACGGAGCAUUCCCGCAAACUUGGGAAGAUCCUACCCACCUUAAUGAAGAUUUACAGUUGUAUGGUGACAACGAUCCGUUGGAUGUUUGCGAGAUUGGAUCAAACGUAGGAAAAUUGGGGGAAGUUAAGACCGUGAAGAUUUUAGGGUCUUUGGCGUUGAUUGACGAUGGUGAGUUGGAUUGGAAAAUCAUUGCCAUCGAUGUUACAGACCCAUUGUCUCAGGAACUUUUCGACAUUCAUGAUGUUUUUGUCCAAUGCCCUGGGUUGUUGGAGACUACUAGAGAAUGGUUCAGGGACUACAAGAUUCCUGACGGGAAGCCAAAGAAUAAGUUUGCCUUCAAUGCGGUAUACAAGAACCAAGAAGAAACUUUAGAAGUAGUCAAAGAAUGUGUAGAAGCGUGGAAAAGAUUAGUGAACGGAGAGGUUAGAAGUGAUAAAGUAGAGUUGCCCCUGCUUGAGAACGUUACUUUAGAAGGCAGUCCUGGUUUUGUCGAGAAGUAUGAUAUUAUUAUAGAUUCGGGGAAGGUAGACAUGGAAGAGGCGGAGUUGGGAGUUGAGGUGCAUAAGAACCACUUCAACACACAAAAUUGA